AUGAGCGUCGAGAACGGAAUCUACAUCCUCACUAACGUGAAACACAAAAAUCUCGCUGUCAUUCGCAGUGAACAAGGAGGGGCGCCCCUCAUCGCUGGCAUCGAAGAAGACAGCUACAAGGAAUUGUGGCGUAUCGCGAAGCGUUCGAAUGGUCGAUACACCAUCUCCAACUUCGGAAACGGCUUUCAUGCUAGAACUCCUGGUCGUUCCAAGGCUGGAGAUACUGUCAAAGGCAGGGAUCAGUCCCAUCAGCCCCAGCUGUGGGACAUUCGCGACACUCGGGUGCGGGGCCAAUAUACCAUCGCCUGUACUGACACUUCGUUGUAUUGGGGAUUGGAUAAUGUUGAGAUUGGAGCAUUGAUUACGCUGUACGAGGGAGCUAGUGACCCUCGCAAUUGGUGGAUUCUUAUACCCGUUGAACCAACCAUGGCCCAAGCGGAUGUCUCUGCGAUCAUUGCCAUCAAGGGAAUCGACGGAAAAUAUAUGAAGGUCACCAGUACCAACGGACUCGAGUUCAGCAGUACAGUUCUCGAUAAGAACGGCAAAUUCACUGUUCAGCCCAAAGGGGGAAAGAUAGCACUGAUAGGGAGCAACGGAAAACAUGUAAACAUGUAUUAUGUCGACGACGUUAAAUGCGAAGGUCCUGGUGGAGGCCUCGACGUCGGAAUAGCCCAUCGCCGCAAUGGAAAGGUUUGCUUUACCAUCUCUGGCUACCAAGGCCAAGAUGGUCAGGUUUGGUUCUUGUCAAGCCAAGCUGGUCACCCGUCAUACAACGGCUCCCUCGCCGUCAAGCGUGUUGAGGAUGAAAGUUGCCGCUUCUUAAUCGAGAACGUAGCUAAAGUCAGCGGGACAAUAGCGGUGAAAAGUGUCGAUGGCAGGUAUCUCAAGGCCAACGCCAACGAUGAACUGGAAUUCUCUGACGAUCGAUUUGAUGAUGAAGCCAAGUUCAUUGUCAAGCUUCGAGGUGAUCGUCUCAACUUGAUCGGAUAUAACGGAAUGUACGUGACAAUGGACGCGAACAUGGGCGGCGUCAGCUUUGUUCAAUGCAAAGGCUCUGGCCGAGGGCUGACGAUGGGGCUUAUCCAUCUCGCUGAUGGUAUGGUGAAUUUCACGAUAUCAGGAUAUCAGGGGCAGCAUGGGAAGAUAUCAUUUCUCUCCAGCCGGACUGGAUGGGCGGAUGGAUCCCUUGCUGUAGUUGAUGAGACAGACGAGACAUGUUCUUUUGUCAUCGAAAAUCAUUGA